AUGCUGCCUUUCCGCACAGAUAUAAGCGCAGCCAACGAGCCUGCAGCGCCAGACAAGGAAAACUAUGUAAACCGUCUCGACACCGAUGUGCUGAUCGUCGGUGCAGGCUUCGGUGGCAUAUACCUGAUGCACAAACUCCGUCAACAGGGGUUCAAGUGCAAAAUCUACGAGGCCGGGUCGGAUCUCGGUGGUAUUUGGCAUUGGAAUUGCUAUCCGGGGGCACGUGUGGAUUCACAGGUGCCGAUUUAUGAGUACUCUUUACCGGAGGUGUGGAAGGAUUGGACAUGGUCGUGUCGGUAUCCGGGGACAAAGGAGCUGCAGAGUUACUUUGACCACGUUGAGCGGAAAUUGGAUAUCAAAAAGGAUUGUGCAUUCAACACCCGCGUCGUGGGAGCCCAGUUCGACAAGCCGUCUGGGAAAUGGAAGGUCCAGACCGAGGAUGGCAGGACGGCAACGUGCAACUAUCUCCUGCUCGCGCUGGGAUUCGCAGCCAAGCGGCAUUUUCCAGAUUGGCCUGGCAUGGAGACGUUCAAGGGUGAGAUUCACCACAGUUCGUUUUGGCCGGCGUCGGGGGUCGAUGUUACGGGCAAGCGGGUGGCGGUGAUUGGUACGGGAUCGACUGGUAUUCAGAUUGCGCAGGAGACGUCAAAGACGGCUGCGAGUAUUACGCAGUUUGUGAGGACGCCGAAUCUUUGCCUUCCGAUGCAGCAGAAAGAUCUUACAAAAGAGGAACAGGAUAAGAGGAAGCAGGGAGAGUAUCAAGAGCUGUUCAAGCAUCGGUUGACCACAUUCGCCGGCUUCGGAUACGACUAUGUCCAAAAGGAGACUUUUGAUGACACGCCAGAGGAACGUGAGGCCUUUUACGAGGAGAGGUGGCAGAAUGGCGGGUUUGAGUUUUGGCUGGCCAACUACAAGGACCUCCUAUUCGACAGCAAGGCCAACCGCGAAGCCUACAACUUCUGGGCCAAGAAGACUCGCGCCAGAAUCACUGACCCGGAGAAACGUGAGAUUCUUGCACCGCUGGAGCCACCCCACGCCUUUGGCACGAAGCGACCCAGUCUGGAACAAAACUACUACGAGAUGCUCGACCGGCCGGAGAACAAGGUCGUUGAUAUCAACAAGUACCCCAUCAAAGAAGUGACAGAAAAUGGCAUCCUAACAGCAGAUGGCCGAUUGCACGAAUUCGACGUCAUCGCCCUGGCCACCGGCUUCGACUCAAUUACAGGUGGCAUAAAGAACAUGGGUCUCAAGAACGUCGACGGCGUUCUCCUAGCAGACAAGUGGAAGAAUGGCACGUACAGCUACCUGGGCAUGACCAUCAGCGGCUUCCCAAACUGCUUCUUCCUCUACGGUGCCCAAGGCCCCACCGCCUUCUCCAACGGCCCUACGUGCGUCGAAGUCCAGGGCGAUUGGAUCGUAGACGCCAUUGUUAAGCUGCGUGGCCAAGGACUCGACUACUGCGAUGCAACACACGAAGCUGAGAAGCAGUGGCGGGAAACGGUCAUCAAGUUCUCGGAUAAGACUCUGUUCCCGCAGACCAAGUCGUGGUAUAUGGGUGACAAUGUACCUGGAAAGGUUCGUGAGCAGUUGAGUUUUGCGGGCGGGUUUCCAGAGUACUCCAAGGCGAUUAGACGGGCGCUGGACAAUGGGUUUGAGGGGUUCGUUACGGCUUGA